AUGGCAACCUCAGUUAUGGCUUCAGUGAGUCUGAAACCAUCUCCUUUCAGUGUCCAAAAAUCUUCGGUGAGAGGUCUCCCAAAACUCUCUAGAAGAGCUUUCAAAGUUGAGGCCGGUGGUGGGAAGAAGAUCAAGACUGAUAAGCCUUAUGGAAUCGGUGGUGGCAUGAACCUCAGAAAUGGGCUUGAUGCUUCCGGAAGGAAGGCUACGGGAAAGGGCGUAUACCAAUAUGUCGACAAAUAUGGUGCUAACGUGGAUGGAUACAGCCCUAUCUACAAUACUGAUGAAUGGUCUCCAACUGGUGAUGUUUAUGCAGGAGGCACCACAGGAUUAGCAAUAUGGGCAGUAACCCUGCUAGGGAUUCUUGCUGGAGGUGCUCUUCUUGUGUACAAUACAAGUGCUUUGGCACAGUAG